AUGGACAUAACCGUUCUGCCCAACAACAACCACCCGGAGAAGUUCCUCCAGCUGGAUGUUGGCAUGCUGCCCGGCGCCCAUGGGAUGUUCCAGCUCGGGGCAGCCAUGUCCAGUAACAGGCACUGGCAAAAUAGGGUCUACUUUCAGCAAAGGGCGUUGACUGAGAAAGUGUCAUCUCCAUCACCAGAGAGUUCUCCUGUGAUAUUUAUAGACAGAUAUCUGGAGAAUCACAUCACUCCAGUCACAUUCAAGCCUAACAUCAAACAGAACCCACUGUACACGGACAUGAGGACUAUAGACACAGGGAGCGUGGAGAAAUUCAAGCCGUCCUGGACCGUACAGGACUAUGACAGACAGACCGUUCAUGGAAGUCUUGCAGACCACAUGAGGGAGGGAGAGAAGACGCCAAAAGACCUCGAUUUCUGGCUCGAGGAUCUGUACACACCUGGAUUUGACUCUUUGUUAAAGAAGAAAGAAGCAGAGCAUCGAAGGAAAAAACUUUGCAAAAUACUUGCGUCAGUCAUAUUGUCCAUUUGUGCAAUCAUCAUUAUCAUCACAGUGCCGGUUAUGGUUACAAAAAAGAAAAACUGA